AUGCCCUUCUUUGUCUUGGAAUAUGAUAGCUACGGCAACGUUGUUGGUGGACAUAUGGUUGAAGAAGAGCAAGACCCGCUGCUUGCCACAUCCAACAAUGGACUGCUACCCAACCCUCUUUACGAACCACCGCCCCACGUUCCGAAGCCACCCAAGCAGCACCAUUCUUCACCCAAUCCGCUAUUCCUUCCCUCCUACCCCAAACCUCAUUUUGGCCCGAUCCACCAAGUGCCUGAGCGGAUCCCGUCUCCAAUCCAAACCAAGAGCGGCGCAUUCCUCGACAGUUUCAUAAAACACUUUGUUAACGACGCCCAAACCAUGGCAACUUUUGAGGCUCUGUUCACAAACUACAACAUGAGGGUCAUAGAAGAGACAGACUUCUACGUCGGCAUAUUCAUGUUGCUCUCGCGCACGAAGUCGUGGGGUCUCUUGCCAGCACUGGUGGAAGUUUUGCCGGUUUCUUGGCAAGCUCAAGAUCUGACUUGGUUGCAUCAAGCAGCAGAAGUCUUGUAUCAAGACAGGGUCACAUCCAAAUCCUCAUCAUUGAAUCUCGUCGAGAGCAUUCCGUCGAGCACGUUCGAAACUGAUGUACCGGACCCCGAGGAGCGCAUCUCUCCAGAUACUGGUGAGGACGCUUCAUCGGACACUGAUGAGCGACCAGUUACGCYCGCAGACGAGAUCCUACCAGCUACAAAGCGGAAGAAGAGGUCUCCAGCUAAUGGCUUCCGCACAUCCUAUGCAUCUGCCACUGCCGACUCGCCACCAAUGUUUGUCGACCCGACAGUGCUCUCGAUCCACAACCUGGCAGUUGAGAAGAUGUACGAUUCGGACGAAACUACGAUACAGGACGAACACAUCGUGACAAAGGGAGUGGUCAAGCUCAAGUUCAAGUCCUCCCGUAAAAAACCUGCCGGUGAAGCUACAGGCCCACGCCGUAUCUCGAAGAAGACUCCCCCGAUGGGUACCAAGGCGAAGAGAUCCUCACUUCGGCAGAUGACGGAUGCGGACGAAAAUUUCGAUGAGCACGUUUCAUCUGACAAGCCAGUGGAGAUCACGAAAUCGCACACCUACCACGAUCCAGCUUCCGAGACUCUACUCUCGCGCAAAGGUCGCAGUCGCUACGGUGACUUGCUCGCCGCUGAUGUCAAACACUUUGGUCAUUUCCCAACUCGCCGCGCCGUCAUUGCUCGUGCCUCGCGACCGUACGUGCACCUUUCGUGUGGCAAAGGUUUCGGUCACCCUAUGGAUGUGAAGCAUCACCACUUUACCAGAGAGCGUGGCAAGAGCGGCACUGGCUGCCCGGGCAAAGACGGCGUCCCGCAAGGAGAGGACGACAAGUGGGAUGCGCAUCCAAGCGCCCGUGUCGAGUAUCCUGAUCUCAACUACACUAAAGUCAAAGAUGGCUACGUCCUUCUGGACCAGGAAAGCCGUGAUAAGCUCGACAACGCGAUCGCUGCUGGGCUAGAAUAUCUUGCCGAUCGAAAGAAAGGUGGCAGUGCUAGCUUGGUUGACGGGGACCAUCAGAUGGAGAUGGAGGACGAGACAGAGGUUGAGACGACAGAAAUGACUGCUGACACCGAGAUGGAAGCAGACCAGUCCUCUGUCAGGGCUGCAACACUUGGUCUACGGAAGCGGUCCACCAAAGCCGCCUUUUACGGAGCCUGA